AUGUCUCCUUCCACCAUAGGUGGGUCCAGGGCAUGCAGAGCGUACGAAUUCCGGUGUGGCCCAACCUGUAUCAAUUUCACUCAUGUCUGCAAUGACAUCCACGACUGUGCGGAUGGAUCAGAUGAAGGUUGGCUGUGUGUCCUGCCAUGUCAGAGAUCUUGUUCCCAAUUUUGUUACAGGACACCUGCUGGACCUAAAUGUGCUUGUAAUGCGGGGUUCCGGCUAAGCAGCGAUGGACACUCUUGCAGAGAUAUAAACGAAUGCAAAGAUCUGAAAUAUGAGGAGAAAUGCAGCCAGACAUGUGUCAAUAAAAAUGGUGCCUACAGUUGCACUUGCCAUCCUGGGUACUUCCUGGAACCAGAUGGCCAGACAUGCAAAGCAGCCGGCUUUGAACCAAUGCUGCUAGUUGCAGUCCAGUCUACCUUGAUCCUCUAUGGACUGAGGAGCAUGGAGGAGACUGUUAUCUUGACUACUGAGAAAGACUUCAUCAUUUUUUCCAUUGACUAUGACUUUCUGGACCCAAAAAUAUUCUGGAUGGAUCUUAAUGCAGAAAGUAUUAAGUGGAUGAACACACAAACCAAUGAAAAGGGGAGUUUAAUAAAAGGAAUAAAAUCUGAUUGUAUAGCUGUAGACUGGAUAGGAAGAAAUCUGUACUGGACUGAUGGGACAGCAGGGCAAAUCUUGGCAACGCAGCUGAAUGGUACUUGGAGAGAAAAGCCAGGAUAUGCCGUGGUUCUUGACGAAGACCUGGAUCAGCCUCGGUCACUGGCUCUCCAUCCUCUGGAUGGACUGAUGUAUUGGUCCGAAAUUGGGAGUGAGCCCCAAAUAGAGCAAGCCAGCAUGGAUGGAAGCAGUAGAAGAGUACUGAUUAACACAGGACUCGGUUGGCCCACCAGCAUAACCAUUGACCUCUUGGGCUGGAGAAUCUUCUGGGUGGAUGACAAACUUCACUGCUUUGGCUCAGCCGACUUGGAUGGUUCAGACGUGAAGGUAUUCCAGCUGGAUCAAAUUCAUAGUCCCUUCUCUGUGGCGGUCUUUGAGGAUUACGUCUUUUGGUCCGAGAUGAAAACGAGGACUGUGCAAAAGGUACACAAAAAGACGGGCAAGAACAGAGAAGUCCUCAUUAAACGCCAUGGGCAGCCAUAUGGGCUUAAGGUAAUGCAUCAAAAUCUCCAGCCAAGGGCACCUAACCCCUGCGAAUCAAGAGGCUGUUCGCAUCUGUGCCUGUUAAAAUCCUAUGGAAGAGGAAGCUGUUUUUGCCCACGUGACCUCGUGCUUUCUGAUGACAUGAGAACAUGCAUCCCUCUAGAGCAGUCGGCGUUCUUGUUUCUGGUUUCACCCACAGUGAUUACACAGAUCUAUUUGAGGAAGUUCCCCUCCCGAGCAGGACAGGUGGCUCUUCCUGAUCACACGAGUAUCCCCCUGAUCAACACGGCCCCCCUGACGGUCACAGACUACUCUGUACACCGCUCAGCUCUUUAUUUUGCUGAACGGGAGGGCAGAUUCAUCAAGACGCUGAUGAUUAAAGAUGCCGGAAGAUCCUCCUUGGAGAAAAUCCUACCGGUAGAAGGUGCUGUGAUCUCCCUAGCUCUGGACUGGCUGAGCGGCAACAUCUAUUGGAUUGAUAGACGCCCUUCCAUUAAUGUAGCAACGUCAGACAGCCGAUAUCCGCUGGUGGUGAUUGGUGAGGACCUUCGUCUCCCAGCUUUUCUGGCACUGCAUCCCCCGAGUGCAAUGAUGUGCUUCGUUGACUUGGAUUCUGGGGGCCGUUCGUCGGAUUCCAAAAUAGAAUGUGCCUUCAUGGAUGGGACCAGGAGGAGAGUUCUCUGGAGGAGAGCCCACACGCCUAUUGGUUUAUCCAUAGUAGACUCAGGCACUUGGCUGUACUGGGCUGAUCAGGCCAAAGACGUUGUGGAACGGAUACGGCUGGACGGCACUCGGUUCCGAGUAGUUCGGGGAAGUCCGCGUGGCAUUAAGCUCUUUGCAGCUGGAGGGGGAAUGAUGAUCUGGACAACAGAACCACGAAACAACUCUGCCAGGAUAUGGUACAGCAAACUGGAACAGAAUACAGAGCUACAGUGGUUUCAACUAGAGCAGAGCCUUGUGGACGUGAAGAUUUACAGCCACUUGAGCCAACAAGGUAGCAACGGCUGUUCGGAAAAGAAUGGCAGAUGCAGCCAAAUCUGCUUACCGAUUCCGGGAGGCAGGAGCUGUAGGUGCACGAGUGGAUAUAACCUACAACGCAGCACCAUAUGCGUUGAAGCGGUGAUGUGUGUGCCACCUCUUCGAGCUUGUGAGGAUAACAGCAAAUGCAUUACAACGGAGCAAGUCUGCGAUCGUCACCUCGAUUGCCCCGACAGAUCUGAUGAGGCAGACUGCAACUACAUGUACCCUGGCAGGGGAAGACCACAGACCACAAGUGUACCUUGGGCAACCACUAAGACCACUGCUGGCAAAGCUACCAUCAAGAAACCCACUACUGGGGUUGUAUAUGUACAACCAGAGGUAACACAAUAUCACAAGAGAACUUCUAAACCCCAGAAAGUGACGACAUGGGCAUUUCCUGCAAGCACACACCGGAGGACUACACAGAAGCAGAAAUGGCCCUUUGGCACACAGGAAGUGUGGAAAAGCGGCUUGGAGGCCCAGCCUUGCAGCAGUGAGACCUGUAACAUGAGGGGUGACUGUACUGUCGAAGGCGACGUAGUGAGGUGUCACUGUUUGCUGGGGUACAGUGGGGAUUAUUGUGAAGAAGAAGUCAGGUCUAGGUCGGGUACCGUUAUCCUAAGUACUCUCUUUGUCUUAUUCAUCGCCAUGGCGGCCACGGCAGCUUUUAUCUUCUUCAGGAAGCAAAGAACGCUAACAAGGACUUUAAGUACAUCAUCAACUAGGAUGCUGACAUACCAGAAGGACACAGAGAUGGAAGAGAGCAUUUUAGAAAGCGAAACCUGCAUCAAUAGCGCUUAUGAGCCGGAAGAGGAACCGAGCAGUCCCUUGACAACUGACAAAGACACAGAUGUAUAACGAAAAAUAAAGUAUUUUGCAAAUUCUC